UCACUAGUGCUGGUUGUUUUUCUUUGCCUAAAGUAAAAUUUUGGGCAAUAUUAAUAAGUCAGUGAAUUUAUAAUGUAGCAUGAUGUUCCAGAAAUCACUCCCGAGAAAGAAACCUUUCUUUUUUAGGUUUCAGACGUGAUAUUCAUCAUUGAUCCGUGUCAUGAAUAAUAUCAUCACUGGCACUUGCAGGCACUUGGUAUAUAGGGUACCUCCUACAGCUGUUGGCCAGAGUACUUUCACACCUGAUACAAAAUUUGACAGCUAAAACUAAUUGCUGUGAAAGUCAUUAACGGCAGUGGCUAGGGGUCCAGUAAUCAAUAUGAAUACUGAGAACAAUAUUUACAAAGAGCCAGGAGACUGUAUUUUAUCUUUAAAAAUGGAGCCUGAUGUAUCUAAGCUGACCAGGGAGUAUUUUAUAAAGUCUUCAAGUAUAAGUACUACAGAAAGUUCAGUCAUUCUUCUCACACAGACAGCACUUGCAUUACAACAGGCGGAGAAGGAAUAUAAAGAGGCUUUGUUAGCUGUAGUUUUUCUGCUGGAAUAUAAAUUAACAGUUCUUGGCAAUGCACAAGAAGAAGCAAGAAUAUGGGAUCUUAUACUUGAAGGACGUAGCCUUAUUAACAAUACCAAGAAGAAAAGGGAUGAUUUAGAAAUUUUGUUCAGUAGAACGCUGGCACUUGUAAACAAUGCUUCAGAAGUGGCUUUCAUGACUGGAGCUGAUAUUGUGGGUAGCAGUGCAGGAGAUCGUUUGAACAAAAUAGAUCUAGCAGUCAGAGAAGAGAGAAUAAAAAGUGAACAAGCUGAGCAGAAAUUGCAAGGAACAGAAUUAAAAGUUAUAAAUGUAGAAGGAAAAUAUGCAGAAGAACAUGCUGAAGAACUUGAGGAAGAACGGCAAAAAUUGUUACAAGAUUUAAGUGGAGAUAAUUCAGGGGGGAAAGAAACGGAAAGCAAUGACAAAACUCACGAAAAUUCGGGCGUUACUGAUAUAUCUGAUACUAUAUAUGAAACGCUUACUGAUGACACUGCUAAAGAGAUAUGAGAUAAAUGAAGAUAUACUAAUUAAGUAAACCAUUAAAUUGAAAGUUUCUGAACUCUUGUCAUCACUCAAGGAAUCUAAUAAAUUAAAAUAUCAACGAUAA